UAUCUUUUGAACUUCCUGUAUAAAGACGUUAAAGUCGCAUAUUUAUAUCAAUGUAAAUUACACCACAAUCAGUUCUGUGUUCUUUGUGCAAUAUUUGCUAACAUAGUUUUAUUAUAAUAAUGUGGAUUGUGCCUUCUCGUUCUACAGUGGAAUUAAGUAUCUCUCUCUCGUUCUCAUUAUAGUUCAGUUUCGAGCUGAAGCAAUCAUGAGACAUUUUAUAUCAAGGAACCUUAAAAAACCAAGCAGUGGCAUUGGAGGUGUUUUGGUCUCUAAAUUUUUUGUCAAGAAAAACAGAAUAUUUGAGGCAGCUGCUGCACACUUAUGCAACAUAGAACCAGAGCACCAGGUGCUUGAAGUAGGAUUUGGACCUGGGCUUGGUUUGAAAGAAGCAUUCAAAAAUGUGUCAAAGGGUUCAGGUGCUGUUCAUGGCAUUGACAUCUCACAGAAGAGUUUCAAUUUAGCAAACAAAAACUUAAAGCAGGAAAUAGGAACUGGAAAAAUCAAAUUACAUCUUGCUUCAGUGACAGAGAUUCCAUACGACUCGUGUACAUUUGACAGUAUAUUUCACUGUAAUUGUUAUUAUUUUUGGCCCAACAUGGAUGAUGCAGUCGCAGAAUUGCAUAGGGUCAUUAAACCAGAUAAAAUAAUGGUUGCAACCUUAUCGCAUACCGGAAUGAAAACGGUUCGGAAAAUUGGAUUUAUGCAAUACGGAAAUAUAGAUCCAGAGAGGUAUAUGACUUCUCUAGAAAAAAAUGGUUUCUACGACGUUGUUAUGAAAGAAAUUUCGUUCGAAGACAAGAAAGUUGAUGCGAUUAUCGCUAAAGCAAGAAAAUAAUUCUAAUUUGGAGCGAGCGUUAGAAAGCCUUCAUAUCCGUUUAGUCGCCAUAUGCCAUGUAAAAAUGUAGGAACAUUGGUAUUUUCAGAAUUUAAGGAAUGACUGAAGCUGAAAAUGACAUUUAACUAAGGUACUGUAUAUGAUGUGUUAAGAAUAUUUUUGAUAAUUAAUAUUGUGCAAGCCGUAAAAAGAAUUGAAUUUUGGGUCAGUAGAGUGAAUGUGAAGAUCAUGUUUACUAAAAAUAGAACAAAAACAUUUUCCACUCGAUAACUUAAGUCUCGAUUAAUGAAUUGAAAUUAAACUUGGCAUGUUAGUAGCUUAUAGAAAAAUCAAUGCCGGGAUUGCAUUUGGGGUCAGUAGGAUUAGAUCCAAGAAACUUGGAAAAAUUCCACCUUGGCGCAGUAAUCUAGAGCGUUGGGCCAAAUCUAUAUUUCGCACUGCGGAACGGAUUGGUUGCGCUUCAAAUCCGACAGUGCCUUACUGUUUUGUGAUAAAAUGGAUUAAAGUAAAAGGCACAAUUAUUAAAUCAGAUAUUUUUUUGCUGGAAUCGUCAUCAAAGUUUGGGAUCCGUUCCUUUCGUUCGGAAUGAGAUAUUAGAAUAAAAUUUAUAGCUUAUACAUGUACUAAAGCCUAGGGUGGGAUCUCGAGAUUUUUGGCGUCAAGGUCAAGGUCACUGAGAUUAAAAGUAGAAACAACAGUUUCCCAUGAAUAACUUUUGUUUGGAUUAAUUCAACUUAUAUAGGUAUAAAGGUAGCUUAUAGAAAAAGCAAUAUAUAAUGUUUUAAUUUUUAAGUGCGACGGACGAGUGGUGGUUCUUAUUUUGGUCCAGGCUUAACCUUUUUCCUUUUUUUUUUGGUAAAAAAGAACCAUUUAGAUACCAUAUAGUCAAGGUCCAAGGCACAGUCUCUAAAAAUUGAGUUUUUGACGGUAACUGGGCUCACUGUUACUGAAAACGAAUACAAUAUUACGGACUGAUUGAUUGAUUGACCUGUAUAUUGAAAAUAAAUAAAUAUUUCCAAUGUC